CCCUUUACCUUUGACCCCAGGUGCUGGACUUGGAGGAGGACAAAGGGGACUGGGGGUUCAAGGCUCUGAAGCAAAUGAUUAAAAUCAACUUUAAAUUGGGAAACUAUGAAGAAAUGAUGAAGAGGUACAAGCAGCUUUUAACUUACAUCAAGAGUGCAGUGACGAGGAACUACUCAGAGAAGUCCAUCAACAGCAUCCUGGACUACAUCUCGACGUCCAAGAACAUGGCUCUCCUGCAGGAGUUCUACGAGACGACACUAAUGGCUCUCAAAGAUGCCAAGAACGACCGACUCUGGUUUAAAACAAACACAAAGUUGGGCAAGCUGUACUUUGACAGAGAAGAAUUCAACAAACUUGCCAAGAUCCUGAAGCAGCUACAUCAAGCAUGCAAGACGAAAGACGGCACGGACGACUUAAAGAAGGGCACCCAACUGCUGGAAAUCUAUGCACUGGAGAUACAGAUGUACACAGCACAAAAAAACAAUAAGAAGCUGAAGGCGCUGUACGAACAGUCACUACAGAUCAAGUCAGCCAUUCCACAUCCGCUCAUCAUGGGAGUCAUCAGAGAAUGUGGAGGGAAGAUGCAUCUUCGAGAGUGUGAAUACGAGAAGGCCCACACGGACUUCUUUGAGGCGUUCAAGAACUACGAUGAAUCAGGCAGCCCGCGGCGGACAACGUGUCUGAAGUACCUUGUCUUAGCCAACAUGCUCAUGAAGUCUGACAUCAACCCCUUCGAAUCACAAGAGGCAAAACCCUACAAGAAUGAUCCAGAAAUCUUGGCCAUGACGAACCUUGUCAGUGCAUAUCAGAAUAAUGACAUCAAUGAAUUUGAGAAGAUCUUGAAGAAUAACCGACGGAACAUCAUGGAUGACCCGUUCAUUAGGGAACACAUCGAAGAUUUGUUGCGAAACAUUCGUACUCAAGUGCUAAUUAAAUUGAUAAAGCCCUACACAAGAAUUCAUAUUCCCUUCAUCUCACGGGAGUUGAACAUCGACGUAUCAGAAGUAGAAAGCCUGCUGGUGCAAUGCAUAUUAGACAAUACAAUACGCGGGCGGAUAGACCAGGUCAACCAGUUGCUGGAGUUGGAUCGACACUCUCAGGACACGGCUCGCUACCAUGCCCUCGACAGGUGGACGGUCCAAUUAGCAUCACUACAGAAAGCCGUAGGCAACAAGAUGGCGUGAUAAUUAACCCCUAUCCUCCCCUCCUCCAAACAUCGACCACCAACACUCCUACUAACAGAAAUGUGUAUAAAAAAAGAUAAGAAGAAAUUCAUCUUCAUUAUGUGUUUGUUUCUUUUUUGUAUUGAAAUUUGAACUUUGUUUAACUUUUGCAGGGACAUUGUGAAUUGGAUGUGUAUUCAUUGUGGCUGAUGUCCAAUUUCAGUCGGGUUUUCACGGGGACUAACUUUUUUUAUAGGGCAAUUCUCUCCCAACUAAAUGAUUUCCCGAUGUCACCGAAUAUUACACAUCUGUUCCACAAGCUUAGAGGAGUGUUUUUUUCAGGGCCAGUGUAAGAUUUAGUAGUUCAAGAAAAAAGUUAGUGCCCAGUGUGUGUUUUAUAUAGACAUUGCACUGGGUACCAGUCACAUUUACAUUGGAUAGUAGUAGGUCUUUCAGUCGGUAACCAGUGGUACAUGCUCGGCUUUAUGCAUACAUACAGACAUGGGCGAUAAGCGAUUCGGCUGCGUUCGACCUUUCUGCUUCUGACACAAAAGCGACCAGGAAUACUAUCACGAGACAAAGAAAUUGUGGAUUGUGAAGAUUCUAGAUGAUUGCAACAAGUGUGGGCUACGUUCAAGGCAAACUGUAACAUUUUGGAUUUCUUUUACUGCAAACUGAAGGAGCAGUCGUGCAAAAAUCCUGCUGCUUUUUGUUGGAGUUUCAUAAAUCGGUAAACCCCUUAUGGAAGUGACUGUCAGAGGUGCUUUUUGGAAGAUAAAAGACAGUGAUUUUGGUUUUUAAAUUUUCAUUGCAUUUUUUUUACAGCCAUUUGGAGACUGAAUGAAGGGGACAAAAAUUGAAUUGAGCUUGAAUUGUAGCAUCUCCUCUUUUUUUAGUCAUAAAAUGGGAAAAUACUUUCAAGCAUAAACCAAAAAUGGACAUUAACAAAUGUGUAUUAGCCAUGUGUAAAUUUUUGGAGGAAAAAGUCAUUUGUGUUGAGAUUUAUGUGGUUUACAAGGCUUUGAUGAUAAGUUUACCCUUUCAGACGUUUUCCCAAACGGAAGCACCCUCAGAAUGGACGUUUUUGACAGUUUUGUUCUAAAAACUCAUUUGGCUAACGGCUGAACUUGUAAACCACUGUUGUAACACACCACACUUCAACACUAACUCUCAAGGAGUGCAGUUGAAAUGACGAAGAAUCCUGAUGAAUUUGGUUCCUCCUUGAUUUGUUUAAUGGUGUCAUUCAGCAACUGAUGUUAUUAUAUUGUCUCUUGACAUGAUCUCAGUCAUCCACUUAGCAAAGUGAUGAGGACAAAUGACCCAGCCUGACCCAGGCAACCAUGUUGUGCAUGUGUACUCCGAGUUUCUUUUUCUUGGCUCAUGUUCCUUGUGAGAGCACCAUCGUCAAAGUGGACCAUCGAAACAUCAUCUUAGCCACAAAUGGUAUUUCUAGAUGUCCAGUACAUGUUCAUAUUAGCCGCAUAUCGGCAACAUUUGCCCACAUUUUGCUGCAUUUGGCCAAAGGUAACGAGACUGUGACAUAGUGGUCUUAAAUGCUCACACUAUUUAUAAGAUUGUUCCCAGUAGGUAAAUGCCUGUGCUGUAUGUAACGUUCAAGGACAGCGCCCUCUUGUGGCUUCAUUUUUGUAUGUGUAUUAAUAAGGAACUUGAUAUGGUGUCAUUACACAUUAUGGUUGAGUUCAGGCAGCCUA